AUGCCUUCCAAGCAUUCGACGGGGGUUCGAUUCCCCCCGAACGCAGAUUUUUUAAAAAUUUUUUUUUCAGGUUGUGAGCACUUGCCAAAACAACGCUGAAUGUGAAUACGAUUAUAUUAUGACUGGAAGUAAAGAAGUCGGUCUGACAACCUUGCAACGACAGAAACAAUUCCUUUCGCUACAAAAAUCAGGAACCAAACAAUGUGAGUUGAAGAAAGGAAUACAAUAAAUGAAAUUGAUUUUAUUACAGUACUCUCCUGCGGACCAUUAUUGAAAAAAGAGGGUGUGAUAAAAACUCCACCAGCUGCAAAUUAUUUGGAAGGUGAUCGGGUUGUAUUUUCUUGCAAACCAAAAUAUUAUAUUCACGGUGAUAUUGAGCGAGUUUGCCGAAAUGGAACAUGGUCGCCUGGUUGGUGGGCGUGGUGUAGAGAUCGGAAUUUGGAAUACGCUUUGAAAUGGAUGACUGCGCUAUUAUCGAUUUUUGGAAUCACGUUGAUAUUUGUGAUAUUGUUCUGUAUUUUAUGGAAUUUGAGAAAAGCCAAACAAGCUGAACACGCUGAAAGAAUGUUUAAGAAAGAACAGGAAGAAAAAAUGAAAUUGUUGAAGGAGCAAAUGGAUAAUGAAGAUAUUAUUGGAUAGUGAGUUUUUGGAAUUUGGUUGGGAUUUUAGAACUUCAAAAUUUUGAUCUAGGAAUUUAAAAAAUAGGAAUCAAUAUUUUUCAAUGCCUGGAACUUUUAAGAAAUUCUUCCGAAUUCUGAAUUUUGUUUAAAAGCUCACAGAAUUGAUUUCUGACAUUUGACCUACCAAAGUUCCCAGUUUUAAUCUGAAAAGAUUAGAUCCCACUAAUCAUAAAAUUAAAAAUCUUACUGUACGCAAAAAUACGUCACGGUGUUUGUACAAACUGAUCCGCUAGACGUGAAAGUUUGAAAACACGAUUAUCUCAGGUCGUAUCAACUUUCUCCAAUUUCCAGCUCCGAAAAACCCGCGCCAACAAACUUCAACCAGAAUUUCUCCAAUUCAAACUACCGUCCACUUCCUCCAGCUCCACCGGUUCCAGUUUUCCCAGCUCCUCCACCAUCUUCCAACUCAUUUCCCCAAUCAAAUCAGCCGAAUCGCCGAAGUUUUUAUGAAACAUCGGCUAUUUGA